AUGGCCGAUAUCAGCGACUGGCGUAGUGUCGUCACUCUCAUUGUAUUUAUACUGGCAAAUGUCUUCGUAGUUUUUCCUCAAAACGUCCCAGUACCAAUAUGGGCUGCACGGCGUUUAAGGUCCCUGCUUGCCCGCACACGCAUUUAUCCCUUGCCGGCCCCCGCCGCCGACGACAGCUCGGAUAACAUGACCGGGAGAGAUCCUGCGAAGAUGUCAAUACCAUUCAAUUUUGUCACUGCACCUUUGACUGCAGUUGUCGUUUUGCUCGCGAUCCGGGCUAUCGGUCGAACGGAGAUAAUUCAUGGCAUUAUCGGUACAGAGCAUAUCCACCCGAUUGAUAUCAUGGCGUUCUUCCUAGCCUUGGCCUACUUGGCAAUUUCUCUAGAUGCAACUGGCCUCAUACGAUUUCUGGCGUUUUGGGUCCUAAAGAAGGGCGGAAAGAUUGGCCAUCGCCUCUAUUUCCUGAUUUACUUGUUCUUCUUCCUGCUUGGAUCGUUCAUCGGUAACGAUCCGAUCAUCCUCAGCGGCACCGCGUUCACUGCCUAUCUGACCAGGGUAGCGUCCAACAUCGCGAACCCGCGAGCAUGGAUCUUCUCCGAAUUUGCCAUCGCCAACAUGGCGUCCGCCAUCCUCGUAUCGUCCAACCCGACCAAUCUUGUCCUGGCUGGUGCUUUCCAAAUCAAAUUUGUCACCUACACCAUCAAUAUGGUCGUCCCCGUCGUAAUCACUGUAGCGCUCCUAUUCCCCUUCCUCCUGUACAUCCUCUUUCCCAGCCCCGACCUAAUCCCUGUCAAGAUAGAAAUGCACGAGCUACCGGAGAAACCUCAGACGGCACCCAGGAACCGGAUCGGUCGCACGGCUUCAACGAACAAGGCCAAAGGCCCGAAAAUCGGGAAGACACGAGUCGAACAGGAGCUGUACGACCUCGAGUGGCAGAACGAAUAUCCUCUGGAGGAGCUGGUAGACCCAUUCUUGGAAGUCAAGGGUGCUAUCUUUGGUGGUGUUCUCUUCGCCAUCACUCUGAUCGUACUCCUCGCCACCAACGCCGCGGACGUCGACCCAGGAGUAUAUGCCAUCACGGUACCCGCGGCCUUUGUCAUGCUCUGUCGGGACAUCGGGUACGAUUGGCAUCAUCGGAAAGACCCAGACCGAAAGGAAGGCGCAACCGCUCUGGCGCAGCAAACGGGCGUGAAGCAAGGCCGUUAUCCACAAGAACAGGCGACGAGCACUACUUCGGCGACGAUUGGUAGCCGAGGGACUCCAGCGGAGGACCAAGCAUCCAUCGACACGUACGUGAGUACGGGUACAAACCGGGAGCCGGAACGCCAUUCUCCAGGAUCAACACCGGUUUCCGAGACCGCAUCGAGUUCGGGUGAAUUCACCCCGCACAACAAUGGCUUCUUAAGACCUCCCUCACCGGUACUACCGUCUCCUCCGUUCCCCCAGCCUGAGCCGUAUCAUCAUCUUGUUCUGCCGGGUCAGGAUAUCACAGCCGUGUGCGACCGAGAGCAGGCUCACUCUGAUCUUGCAUCAACUUUGCGCAAGGACCCUGGGGUCCAUCCGCAGACCGCGUACAGCGUACUUAUCGCAGCAGGACUGUAUUCCGAGUCCAAAUUGCCAACGGUGGCAGCGGUCGUGAAACACCUGCCAUUCGCCCUUGUUCCUUUCGCGUUCUCGAUGUUUAUCAUCGUCGAGGGACUUGUCACCAAAGGAUGGGUGGAGCGAUUCGCGUCUGGUUGGGCAAUUUGGGUCGACAAGACGAACAUUGUGGGUGCUAUUGGUGGAAUCGGAUUCUUGAGCGUCUGCCUGUGUAAUAUGGCCGGAACAAACAUAGGGACCACCAUCCUUCUUUCGCGCGUGCUCCAGGAAUGGUUGAAACAUCAUACUCCUUCAGAGCGCAUGAAGGACGCGACGAUCUACGGCCUUGCGCUCGGUGUGAACUACGGCGCAUUCAGUGCCACUUUCAACGCGUCCCUGGCGGGGUUACUUUGGCGAGACAUCCUGGCACGAAAACAUAUAAUCGUUCGAAGGCUCGACUUCGCCCGAGUCAACCUGCCCAUCAUCGCCAUUGCAAUGGGUAUUGGCUGUUCCAUACUCACUGCUCAAGUAUAUAUUGUCAAAGACGGGCAUAUUCCCGCUUGCAAGGCCCACUCUCCAAUGCACAUAGAUAGCAAUGGCACAUGCCGGUAG